CUUUUUAGUCAGCGUGAUGUCUUUGAGCUACGUGGAUUUCGGGAUCAACCAAAAUUCAUGUGUAGUGUUUUCGUAAUGAAAAAUAUGACAAGUAGAUGAGUGUUAACCCUUUUUUACAUUUUCUGUUAGUAUGCAUUAUGAUCGUAUUUUUUUCCGAUUUGUUAUUUUUUGGUUCUAGUUUUACUUUCGCGUUUAUCAAAAGGUAUCUAAAAUCUUUGUUCAAGUCCAUACUUCAGUAGAUGUGUCAUUUGCAAAAUGAUGCAAGGUGAUGAUCUGGUAUCCAGUCCUGUCUCUAGAAGCAAUGCAAUUGUUUUAGCAUGGAAAAGAUUACAGCAGAUCUACCAGAAGAAGUUAGAUGACGUGACGCCCUACGCAGUGGCUCGGUGGGUGUUUGCUGCCUUGUUGACUGUAGGGUUCCUAGCCAGAAUAUUUAUCCUCCAGGGUUGGUAUAUUGUGACGUAUGCUCUGGGAAUAUAUCAUUUAAAUUUGUUUAUUGCUUUCCUCACGCCAAAGAUUGACCCUGCCUUAGAUUUUGAAGACGAUGGGCCAGCACUGCCGACGAGGUCGAACGAGGAGUUCCGCCCGUUCAUCCGGCGGCUGCCAGAGUUCAAGUUCUGGUAUUCGGUGACAAAGUCGACGGUGAUUGCGGUGAUCUGCACGUUCUUCGACUGCUUCAACAUUCCUGUGUUCUGGCCCAUCCUCGUCAUGUACUUCUUCACGCUGCUGUGCAUCACCUUGAAGCGGCAGAUCAAGCAUAUGAUCAAAUAUCGGUAUCUCCCGUUCACCCACAGCAAGCCAAAAUACAAGGGCUUUCAAGACACUGGCAAGUCUGAAAACGAGGCUUUCGUGCCAGGAGCUGUCAGAGAAGAGUGAUGUAAUCUGCGCUCAUCGUCAAAUUCUGUUUUCAAGACAUUAAAAAGAAAGUUUUAAAAUAAAUCCACCAGCAUUUUUCUUGAUAAUCAGCUACAGUCCAGUAUUACUGUUAUUUGCUACUAAUGUUUUUCUUCUGGCAGUUGGGUUUUUGGUUACUUUAUUGCGAAUACAAUGUUGGCAUACAAAGUGUUACCAGUUUAACAUGAAGCACAGAAUUAUUUGUGUACUCUUAGAUCUUUACCAUGUUUUUCUGCAAAAGUUUUUGUAUUUUAUCAUGUGUACUGAGUACUUUAAUGUUCAGUACCCAAUACCAAAAUUUAUAAAACAGGGAUUCACAAAUAAAUCUUGAUUUCAAAGUUAUAUUAGAAAACUAGAAACUUUCCCAGUUUAAUUCUGAGCCAGUUAUGUUUAAUAUUGUUAUGCAAAGUCAGACGUAUCUGUCUCAAAAUUUUUUGUCUAUUGAAUAAUUUUGAUUGUGUGUACUGGGCACAUUUAUUAUUGUUUUUAGUUCAAUGUAUAUUUCUUCUUGUAUGAAAUGUAGAGAAAAAUCUCCUGUUUCAGCAAUGACGAUGGAAGUAAAAUGUUUUAUUUAUCUGAAAA